AUGAGGACAGUGUUGGGUGUGAACGCGAGUAAGAUACAAAGUUUGUUGGCUGCUCUUCUAACAUGCGAGGGGUUCCAACCGGACUUGGGUGAGGACACGGGCGCCCGAUUAGUGAUCGUUGGUGUGGAAGGAAUGGACCGCACUCACGCUGUUGUACUAGCUCGUGAGGCUUACCUUGAAAAGCUGGACGCCCAGGUGAAGGACGCCCAGGUGAAGGACCUGGAUAUUUCUUCUAAGGCGGGCUCGCGAAAGUUCGACUUGUGCAAAGAUUGCAGAAGAUUUAGGCUGUUCAACACCCCGGGCGCGCCUGCUCCGUACACCGAGGCUGUCCUGUACAAUAACAUCGUGGAGUUUUUGAAGAGUGUGGAAGCCGGUGCAAAAGAGACCGUGGAUGAAUCGGAGACUGUGGAUAGAUGGGAGACCGCAAAGGUUUGGGAGGAUGCUUUCGGUAGAGACGAAUCCCAGUUAAUUGCUCAGGAUACAGGUGAUGACUCAUUGGAAGUGUUUGCGUCUUCAAAGCUGUCAGAAAAUACAAUGAAGGCUUUACUACCGUUAGUGCCAGAAGGAUGGGAAGACGCGUUGCGAAGAUCGGUCGUCAAUACCGACCGCUUCGACAUGGAAGCCAUGCGUGUGGCCCACAGAAGACGCUUGAUCCGGGAGGCACUGACGUUAGCGGUCAGCGGCUUAGUGACUGGAGGCCUGCUGUUGACGGGGUUCUUGUGGUAUAAAAGUUCUACCACAGCCUCCGCAAUUUUGGAUAGGCUGGAGACGCCGUGGAUGGAAUGUGUUCGUCAUCAACCGUGCCCCAAUAACUUGGUAUCUCCCGCGUUACUCACCGAGGAUUGCAUCGAAAGGUGGGGCGAGGGACGACUCAUUUGUGCAGUUGGCAGCGGGAAAUCUGGACGGGACUCUUAUGUGUGUUACCCUUACG